AUGUGCGCACAUAUCCUCCACAACCAAGGCUACGCCGUCACGGGGCUAUAUAUGCAUAACUGGAACCAUGACGAAGAAACUCAGGACGAACUCGAACCUCUUUCCUCUCCUUCUUCACAAAACUCCACUUUCCUCUCCGAAUCAACAUCAACGGACCAACAACAAUCAUCAUCAGGAGGAAACGGGUACAAGCCUAUGCCAAGGACAGCCCCGAUCCGCCCAAAAGUUUGCACUUCCGACAGAGACUGGGCAGAUGUUCAAUCCGUCUGUGCUCAGAUCGGCAUUCCAGCCCGUCGACUAGACUUCUCACGACAGUAUUGGAACCAGGUCUUUCAGGUCAUGUUGCAGGAGUAUGAGCGCGGGAGGACACCCAACCCGGAUGUGAGUUGUAAUCGGGAGAUCAAGUUUGGAGAAUUGGUUGAGUGGUGUAGGAAGAAUGGCGGCCUUGGAAAGGAUCGUAGAGAAGGAAUGGAGGCAGGAGAAGAGGAGGAGGAAGGGUGGGAUUAUUUGGCGACGGGACAUUAUGCGAGGGUGGAACGCGACCCGCAGACAGGGGUUGCAAGGUUGUUGAGAGCCAAGGAUAGUAACAAGGACCAGACUUACUACCUUUCGACACUCUCCGAGCGUGUCCUCCGACAUGUGUUGUUCCCCCUCGCCCAGUACGAUAAAUCGACCGUCAAGUGGAUGGCCCUCUCCGUUGCCUCCUCCUCCUCCUCCACCAAUGCCAGUCAAGACAGUGAACUGACGAGUCUCCAAAACGCGGCCUUGAAAAAGGAGAGUAUGGGGAUCUGCUUCGUAGGCCAACGGAAAAGGUUCGGAGACUUCUUGAAAGAAUAUUUGGAUCCAUUACCGGGACCUGUGCGGAUUAAUGGGUUGGGCGGGGAGGUGAUUGGGAUGCAUAAGGGGUUGUUCCAGUAUACUGUUGGACAGGCCUCUGGAGUCACUCAUAAGCAUAAUAAGUGGGUCGUGCUGAGGACGGACUUGCCAUCCAACACCCUGAUCGUCGUCGACGGAACUCAAAACGACCGUCUGUUCUCGCCAGGACUGAUCGCCGAAGACUGGCAUUGGAUCGCUGGAGCUCCACCCAAGAAACUCCUCCGCCUCCUCUCUUCUUCCUCUUCCCCCUCAAUCACCAACCACAAGGAUGAACAGGACGAAUACCCAUUCACAGCACAGAUCCGGCACCGCCAAGCCCUUCAACCCUGUUCCAUCGAACCCAUCUCUGAAUCAACGACGACGGCGGGUGAUCAAGUGUCUUCAGCAACAACGAUUGGAGAUAUUUCUUCCGCGCGGUUGUUCAAAGUGAAGUUCAAGGACUUUCAACGAGCCAUUGCUCCUGGUCAGAUAUUGGUGUUGUACGACAAGGACGAAUGUUUGGGUGGGGCCGUCAUCAAGUCAAGUCUUGUCCGUCCAGAAUACGCACACGAGAAUUCUGGCACCCAGCCUUCUUCCACCACAAAUUAG